AUGGAGAAAGAGACAGAGAAAAGAAAGAAAACAAUCAUUACUCAGCCAUUCAUUCCACUUACUGCUGCUGCUGCUGCUGCGGCGGCUUUUGGAGGCAGACAGCGCAGCAGAAUAAGAAGAAGAUGGUCACGCAUGGCCAAGCGCCUCUCUUCCACAUCCAUUGGCCGCCACGACAAAUGCAGUGAGGGAAUAUAUAACGUUACCGGAGGCGACUUUCUUCCUUGUCCGGCGGUCGGUGCCCCAGAAACUCGGCCGCCUCGCACUGCUGGUGUGCGCGAAGCUAGCUGUAUGCUUUGCAGUGGCGGUUGGGUGAUUCUCCUGGCAAUUGUUGGCUCCCUGUGUCUGUACAGCAAGUACAGCGAAUUGAGGGAACGGAUCCACAGUGUGACUGAACCAGACAGCAGCAGCAGCAAUGUUCAAUCUGGCAAAAUCCCCGACAGUAUUGCUAAAAAUACGAACAAAGUUGCUAAAGCACAUCAUGGGAGCAGCCAAAGUGCAUCCAAGCCUGUGAGCUCAGAGAAAAAUAAAAUCAUUCAACCAUGGGAAAUCCCCAUUAAGGGAGACUUGAAUUUCACAAAGAAAGCUCAACUGGGAGACGUGCUGUUCUUCAAUGGUGUGCCUCGUUCAGGAUCAGGUCCAAUUCUUGGGCUCUUAGAGCUGCUCUCCAAAGAAAAUAAAUAUCGCUUCAAGAGUGAAAACCCCACGAUCUCUAAUGACAAAAUUUACAUCAAUGCUGAUGCAGAGCGUGAGAUUGUGGACACUGUCAGCAGCAUGAAAUCUCCAGCAGCAUAUGGAACACGUACAGCGUUCGUUGAUUUUAAGAAGUAUGGUAAGAAAUUCCCAAUCAUGGUCAGCAUCGUUCGUCAACCCUUUGAGCGAUUGCUCUCAUCCUUUUUCAUUGUGAGAGCACCUUGGGUGACUGUAGGCAGAUACAAGGCUAAGCCUGAACUGGGCAUGCCCACAAUUGAAUGGGUUGUGAAGUUAUGCCCAACAUUUUCUGCUAUGCCUGCUUGGGCUGAGGAAAGAGGCAAGCAAAUGUGCAGAAAAAGUAAAAGGCUUUUUCCUCUACCCAGGACUUUGAAAGCUGUGUUUUCUCUGGGGAUGCCGAGUGCCAGUGGAUCCGGGGUUCAGAGGAAGCUGGGACCGACCAUAGAAGACAAAUGCGCUUUUUCUGUUCCCAUGAAGACCACGCAUGCUGCUUGCGAGAAAAUCUUUUGGAAUGCAAAGACUUUGAAAGCUGUGUUUUCUCUGGGGAUGCCGAGUGCCAGUGGAUCCGGGGUUCAGAGGAAGCUGGGACCGACCAUAGAAGACAAAUGCGCUUUUUCUGUUCCCAUGAAGACCACGCAUGCUGGAUUUUUAAAGCACUUGCCAUUUGACAGUUCACACGCCUUGAAGAUGGCAAAAGCGAAUGUGGAAAAGCAUUAUGCCGUGGUCGGCGUGUUGGAGGAUUUCAACAAAACUCUGGCUGUUCUCAGUCACUAUGUCCCAAAGUUUUUCCGUGGCGCCGCUCGACUUUAUGAAGACCAAGGCGACGAUCUUCCGGGUGCAGAGAAGAACUGGUACAAACGGCCAGUGUCGCAAGAAAUCCAAGAUUUAGUCAGCCGGAACUUGACAAACGAAAUCGAUUUCUACAAUUUUUGCCGACAGCGUUUGCACAGCCAGUAUGUGGCAAUCCAGAAGCAGUUGAGACCCAAAGCAGGGUUGCCAAAUCAAAAGUAUGCUGCUGACAAUGAUUGA